AGAAGAAGAAGAAGAAACCAAUAGUAUUCAUCAGGUUAUGGGUGUGCUAUAUGUCAGAAGAAAACUCGAUCAAACAGUGAAAAAUUGUGUGACCCAUUUACUGUGAACUAUGUCCACCCGGGCUCUGCGGAGACUGAAAGGAAAACAGAGGGGUCAGGAGGCCUUGGACCUCGGAGAACUAACUUUGGGUGAAAGCCCAGAGGAGCAGGCUGAUGAAGCCGAGGAAGAGCACUUUAACCCUGCUGACGCGUCUCCCUCUUCAGACAACACAGGCAGCACCCGAAAGGGAAAGAAAAACAAAGCUCAGAAAAACUUCACAAACAUCUAUGAACUGAUUGGUGAUCCAGACUAUGAAGGGGAGAAAGUUUCUGCUGAUGAAGAGGCUGACAAACCAGACAAAAAUGUAACAGGUGGCACUGGAAUAAAUGAUAAACAAACCGAGAACCAGGUUCAAAUGUGUGACGGAGUGUCCUCUAAGUCUGCAGACCGAGUUAAAAAGAAGAAGAAAAAGAAGAAGACAAAAGUUGCAUCAAAAGAUGGAGAAGAAGCUUCCUCGGAUAACAUUGAUUUACUUCUGGAGAACUUGGAGCAGUCCAAUGGCGUGAGCUUACAAAAUGAAGAUUGCGGCGGUUUUGAUCGAAGAUCAAUGCUACAUGUGGAGCACAGAAAUCUGAACCCAGAGACUGAGCUGAAGAGAUAUUUUGGGGCUCGAGCCGUCUUAGGGGAUCUAAGACCUCGACAGAGAAACAGGCACUUUCACCGUAGUACGUGGAUGACCAGUCCAAAGGACAGCUGGCCUCGUUUCGCUCGCCCAGGAAUUUCAAUGACCUUACUAGAGACCAAAGAUGGCAUUCAGUACUUCACCUUUGAGCACAGUCGGGACUACCAACAUGUGCAGUUCAAGUUCCUGGAUGCUGUUGAGUCAAUGGAUCCCAACAACAUUGUGGCUCUGCUUCAGCUAAACCCCUACCACAUCGACUCCCUGCUGCAGCUCUCCGAUGUUUGCCGAAUACAGGAGGACCAGGAGAUGGCAAGGGACCUAAUUGAAAGGGCCUUGUUCAGCUUUGAGUGUGCUUUUCAUCCGUUGUUCAGCCUGACGUCAGGCAGCAGUCGGCUGGAUUAUUUGAGACCAGAAAACAGAGCAUUUUUUCUGGCUCUUUAUAAGCACAUGAUGUUCCUGGAGAAAAGAGGAUGUCCACGGACUGCUCUGGAGUACUGCAAAUUCAUUUUAAGCUUAGACCCAGACUCCGAUCCACUCUGCAUGCUCCUGGUCAUUGAUUUCCUGGCAUUGCGUUCCAGAGAGUACAAGUAUCUCCUUCAGAUAUAUCAGGAAUGGGAGGAGCACAGAAAUCUAUCUCAGCUGCCAAACUUUGCAUUCUCCACUGCACUUUGUCAUUUCCAUCUGAGUCAGCAGGAGGAUGUGGAUGCUGAUGAACGAGCAAAACUAAGACAAGAAGCCAACCAGAUUCUGCAGAAUGCACUUAUCAUGUUUCCUGGAGUGUUGAUGCCUUUGCUGGAUCUGUGUACGGUGCAGGCAGACACCGCAGUGACCUCUCAUAGCUUUUUUGGCAUAAAGAAUCAGAUAGGGCAGCUGCCUGCCCUGGCCGAGCUGACGGCUCUAUACGUGGGAAGGACGUACAAUCUGUGGAGGGAGGCACCAGUCAUGCUUUGGUUGGAGGAGUCGGUGAAGGAGGUGCUGCGCAGAGUGGAUGCCAAAGACCCUCUUGUGGAAGACUGCCAAAACAAGAGAAAGCAGAGGUACCAGAGUGCUCCCAGAAAUAUCCAUCGCCAUGUCCUCCUGUCUGAGAUCAAAGAAGCAACGUCAAGUCUUCCCUUAGAGGUAACCACUCAGCCUGUGAUGGGUUUUGAUCCUCUGCCUCCACUGGACUCUGUAAUGUCCUAUGCUCGACCAGAGAGGCAGAAUGCUGGAGCGUCCAAUGAGAGCACGCUGUCGUUGUUUUUCCGAUCUUUGCUUCCAAACUUCAACCUUCAGGGGGGACCCAGGCUGGAGGAUGAGAUGGAGGUGGCUCGAGCUGGUCAGGAGCUCAACCAGGAGGUGAACCGUCUGAUGGUGGCGAUGAGAGACAUGCUCGCCAACAUAAGGUUUCAGGAGCCGCCGAGAGAGGACAAUCCAUACAGAGAUGAAGAGGAAUGGGACUAAAACGGGAGGGAGGCCGUCACUGUUGAGAUGGAUAGACUUGACAUGAGAAGGGAAAACACUGAAAGCCAGAUCAUUUAAGGUCCGUUUAGGUGGUUCUGAAUGUGGGGAGCUUCAAGAACAUUCGGCUUCUUUUGACCUCUCUUAUUUCCCAUUCUAACAGUUUGUACCACAAUGGAAGCAUCUGUUGGGAAGCAUUGUAACGAAUUGUUUCCUCCUUGUGACUGAUAAAGGCCCAUCGCUCCUAUCACUUAAAACCCAUUUAGAUUUGAGAUUGGGACUCGGAAGCACAAUAAAUUCAUGCUGAACACAGUUGUUGCUUUAUCUAAAUAAGAAAAUAGAUGCUGAAUAGGCAAUAAAUUGUUCUAUUUGAG